GCCAGACAGAAGCACAGCUUGUUGUCACGAUGGGAUGCAGAGGCAAAGACUUUGUUUUAGUGAUAGGAGGUGAAGCCGAAGCUGGUUUGGUAAGGAAAUCUGAACGAAAGCAGGCUCUGCAGAGAGUCCAAGAUGGACCCGUGGGUCCCACUGCAGCAGCCCCAGCCACAAGGGAGACAUGUUCCCCACAUGGAAGGCUACGAGAGGGGCCCAUGGAGGGCCGUUUCCCAUGGCAUUCCACCGCCUCAAUCCAGUGAGUGGCUGUACCACCAUGAACCCUGGGCUAGGCCUCAGCCUUGGCCAGAUGCUCGAGUAGAAUACCACCAUGCUGCCCAUCACCCAAGACUCCAGGACUAUAGGAGGCCAAACUCCAGAGCAGAGUAUUAUGAAACUGGCUAUCCCAACCGGUCGUAUUCAAGGCAAGGUUAUGAAGACCACCACCGGACCUUUGCGGAAGAUUAUGUGCAUGGCGACUACCAGAGAUACCCCCAAACCUGGCAAAGUGAGAGAGAUCCAAGACAGAGAGAUACCUGGGGUGAAGGUACAAAUUACUGGGACCAGAACUAUUACAGAGAUCAACGUCGGGUAGAAAGCAGCGGCUUUGCAGAGCAUCACAAUGGAACUCCAGUUUGGUCUAAGAGGCAUGAGUCCUACGAAGACAAUUACAUUUCAAAGAAAGAUGGCUCCUAUGAUAUAAACUACAGUUAUCCUUUGCAACAAGGACAGAUUCAGGAUGAAUUCCAGUGGAAGUUCCAGGAGAACACAAGUUUUCCAGCGCAUGAGGUUCCAUUGCCUGAGGAACCAAGCAUGCUCCAAAGGUAUAAGGAAUCGGGCCUCAGCUCGAGUAGCUAUGAGCUUAGCCAGUACAUGUACGAUCCCUCCAGCCUCUACGAAGCAGCUCCCUCCAAGGACUGGAGCCCCAUUCAGGCAGCAGAAGACCUGCCAGUUCCUCUUCACCCUGUGGCACCUCUGAAGUUUCGUGUCCCUCAUGUACCUGUGUGCUUUGGAGCUGCGGGGCAGCUGGUCCGAGGAUGUCCUAAUUACCCACCUGAUGGGCAACCUGCUCUUGUGGAAAUGCACAGCCUGGAGGUGAUCCUACAUGACACAGCUGAGCAGGAAGCCUUGAGAGCCUUCCCAGGACCUCUGAUCAGGGAGGAUCUGCACAAGGUGGAUGUGAUGACGUUUUGUCAGCGCAGAGCAGCUGUGGCCUGUGACCUGGACUCCAGCCGAAGCAGAGAUUCUGCCUUGCUUUGGAAACUUCUCCUCCUCCUUUGCCGGCAGAACGGGUCCAUGGUGGGCUCAGAUACAGCUGAGCUGCUGAUGCAGGACAGCCGACGCCGGGAAAGGUACAAAAGGCAAGAGCCAGCAGCCAACUUGAUCAACCUGACAGAUGAGGAGUGGCCAGUGCAGGGCUGUGGGACUCCAGACCUCCUCACGGGGGAGAUUGUCCCAAGUGCCGCCACACCAGAGCAAAGAGUGGAGAAGUUCACCAAACUCCUCUUUUACGGCAGGAAAAAGGAAGCUCUGGAUUGGGCCAUGAGAAACCAUCUGUGGGGCCACGCUCUCUUUCUAUCAAGCAAGAUGGACCCGAGGACCUAUAGCUGGGUCGUGAGUGGGUUCACUAGCACUCUGGCCUUCAAUGACCCCCUACAAACGCUUUUCCAGCUCAUGUCUGGAAGGAUACCUCAGGCAUCCCUGUGCUGCGCCGAUGAGAAAUGGGGCGACUGGAGGCCACAUCUGGCUGCUAUCCUGUCCAACCGAGUGGGGGAGGCAGAUCUGAACUCCAGAGCCAUUGUCACCAUGGGAGAGACGCUGGCUGGAAAGGGAUUAACAGAAGCUGCUCACCUCUGCUACCUGGUGGCAGACGUCCCCUUCGGCCACUAUGGAGUCAAAACAGACCGCAUGGUGUUGCUGGGCAGUAGCCAGAGCCAGACCUUUGCCCAGUUUGCCAGGACAGAGGGCAUCCACAGGACAGAGAUCUUUGAGUACUGCCAGUUGCUGAGGAGCCCCCAGGCUUUCAUUCCCUCUUUCCAGGUUUACAAGCUGGUCUAUGCCUCUCGCCUGGUGGACUGCGGCCUCCCUGCCCAGGCUUUGCAUUACUGCGAAGCGGCAGCAACAGCGCUUCUUGCUCAGAAGCAGAACACGUACCCUGUCCUCCUGGAGCAAGUCAUCAAGCUGGCCGAGCGCCUGAAACUCUCUGACCCCUGCCUGCUGGAGAAGCCUGGGCAAGAGGCGAUUUGGGAACCGGCUUGGCUUUCAGAGCUCCGAACCAGAUGUCGGCAGUGGGAGGAGGAAGGAAGUCUUUGCAAUGCCAACUGCACCCAGCCGGAAUUUCCCAGAACCAGUGGAUCAACACCAGAUUUGGCUCCCCGUUCUGAGUUUGCACAAAGCCAAGGCUGCUUGAAGGACCUGGAGCCUCAUCCUUCGACUUACCUGCCACCGGUGGACUCAGCUCAGGACCAGCUCAAUGUGGGACAGAGAAGGCAUUUCUAUCCUGGGCCUCCUGUAGAUACAACUGAUGCGGGUGUGGAGACUUGUCUUCCAGGAAGUGACCACGGUUAUGUUUCCCCUCCUGGAGGACAUCCAGCUGACCUCUCCUCACAACAACAACCACCAGGGGGCACCGCGGAAUCCUGUGGCCCGUACCACUUCCUGGGUGAUCAGGAGAGCAUUCCGGAGCAUCAGAACACUUUAAAGGCUCGGACUCGGACCAUUUCUGAGAGUUCCACAGUAUCCAUGGUUGAGGAUGCCCACAGCUCAGAAGCAUCAGGAGAGGAAGCCACAUCAGAGAAGCUACCACAGGAUGAAACGGAACAAAAAGAAGCAAAGGCCUCUGGGUCUGGCUGGUUCCGUUGGUUCCGAUCGAAACCCUCUAAAGAAGCUGAACCCUCCAAAAAGGUACCAUCUGCUGCUGCUCCAGAUUCUCAGCAGCAGGUGACUUCACAACCAUCCCUUCCUCCUGUGGAGGAGACAAGGCCUGCAAUACUUCCUCCUCCAGCUGUUCCUCACCUGCCGCCCACAGGUGGCAACCCUCUCCCAAAAAGCUCUCUUCGGGCCCAAACUCCACUAGGCCAUAGCAGCAGGGAAGGCUCCAUGUUUCCAGAUGCUGGAGGCCAGGCUACUUUCUCCAUCCCUGAUCAUGUGCCUCCACCCCCAAGAGGAGGGGCAGUUCCACUUUACCGUCCGGCUCAGGUUACCACGCCAGCAGCCUCAGGCACCGGCCCAAGGAUUUUCCAGCGACGCUACCCACCUCAUCCACAAUAAUACAUAUGUGCGUGUGUGUAUGUAUUAACUACGGAGAUGUUUCUGCCCUCUGGCAGAUCAGAAACCAUCCACUUGCCUGAAGAAAACCAGUCCGAUCUGAGUUAGGCAGCUGGCUGCCCUUUCCUUCCCCUCAUCCUCUGGUAUUGCAACUCUGUGACCAAAGAGUAUAAGCAAAAGUUUGAGGGGGUGAAGGUAUACCUUCCCCCCUUUUUGUUUGUUUAAAGUGUUGUUAAGCAGGUGCUAUUCAGGUGCAACUCUUUUCAUGUGCAACAAGAACAAAAGGAAAGGUAUCUCAGGUCAGCCCUGGGGAGGCCAGAAGUUAAUCAAAAGGGAAAUAAAGGAAGACUCCCACUUCCUUUUAUAGGAAUAGAAUGGGACUUUCUCCCACGGAAGUGGGGUAAGGAUUGCAGCCCUAUUUUUCAAGGAGAUGAGAAGCUCUGGGAAAAUAAGGUGGAGUUGACUCUCUCCAUUGCCAGUAGGCAGAGCUGCUCAUGAUCCAGUCAUAAGGAAGAAUAACUGAAGCUCCUUUUGGGGAAUGGGGAACCUCUGGUCCUUUAGGAUGGCUGCUGCCAUACUUUCAGACCCACUUGACGUCUAUUCAGUGUGAAUAAAUCUUACAAGGCAUGCAGCCGACCUCUGUGGAUAUUUACUUAGAAGUAAGUCUGAUGAAGCUUGCUCCCAUGAAAGUGUGGGUGCUGAGGCUGCAAUCCUACAUACACUUACUCGCGACAAAAGCCAUUGAACAGAAUAGGACCUACUUCUAAGUAAAUAUGCCUAGGGUCACACUUUGGGGUUGCAAUCCUAUGAUCUUUUGCUUGGGUGCAAACCACUUAAUUUUGAGCAAAUGUGCCUAGGAUUGGACGCACUGCAGGAGGCUGAACCCCUGAAACAGCUUAAUCACUUGGGAAUGAGUCAACUUACAUGUGAAUUGAGAGUACAUGGAUUUGUGUAAAACAAUCAGGCUGCAAAAACUACAUUUGGUUGGAUGUUAUUCCCACUGCCCAAUGAAUGACUGUGAUCCCAAUCCAACAUGACUAAAAAACAGAAUAAUAGUAACAAGCCCAUGAACUGGGUGGAGGCGAAGAUGAGAUCUCCUGAGUCUCCUUUCUGCCUGGCAAAAGUGCUGAUGUCUGAGGACAUGCUGGUCUGUGAGAACUGCUAUGAACAUACACAUGGAGAGGGCUUUGUUUUGUGGUGCCCUCAUCUUUCUCAGCCCUUCUCCAAAACCUCAGUCACCGAGACGGCUAGCCAACCUAGCAUGCCUGAGAAAGGAAGACCUACUCAGCAGUAAGUAGACAACAACGUUACUUGGAGUGGUUUCAGAAAACCUAAGAACAGCUCUGUUGGAUCCGACCAAAGGCUCAUCUACUCCAGCAUCCUAUUCUUCCAGCUGCCAACCACGUGCCGACGGAAAGCCUGCAAGCAGGGGGCAGGCGCAUCAGGAAUCUUGCAGGGGAAAGUAGGGAAAUUUGCACCGUUCGUAGAGUUAUUUGUAGGUUCCCAAUGGCCCAUGUGACGUAUCUCUUUGUCAUGUCUGGACUUUAGGGAGUAUAUUAGACUACUGGGUUGCCCUUUAACCCUGUGUUAUCACCCUUCUUUGUUUUUUUUCUAAUACAAAACAGUUGAUGCUGCAAGUUAUUGUCCCUUUCCCCCCACAUUUAAAUAAAAACAGUUUCAAAAUUGAAA